AUGGUUGACAUGUAUGUUGAAAUUGAAACUUCAGCUUAUAUUUCUGAGAUUCUAGGCAAAGAUAAGCUAGAGAGGAACUCGGUGAUGGUCAUCCGUUUUGAUAUAGUAUUAAGAAAAGUAGUAUUACACAGUACUUUGUUAUAUUUCCUUAAACCAAGUUUCAUAUGGGGUGAGUUUUUUUAUUUUUAUUUUUAUACAAACUGUACUUAUAAUUUAACUGUUGCUGUAUCUUGGACUCUUGGUGCAGGAGGCGGAGUGGUGCUUCUUUAUGCUUCUAAAUAUGACGAUGUUAAAUUAGUUGUCAACAUCUCUGGACGCUAUGAUCUGAAGAUAGGAGUUGAAGAAAGACUUGGAAAAGGUUAUAUGAAAAGAAUUAAGAAGGACGGUUUCAUUGAUGUGAAGAAUAGGUCAGGUAACUUGUCAAUUGAUCAUGCUGUUUCAAUUCCUCUAAGAUUGGAUGAGGUAGUGAGAGAGGUCCUUACAGUUCAUGGUUCUUCAGAGACUGUUAUUCCUGUUCAAGAUGCAUUGGAGUUUGCCAAGAUUAUACCAAACCACAAGUUACAUAUCAUAGAAGGUGCUAAUCAUCUAUAUACUAAUCAUCAAGAUGAGUUAAUCUCAGUUGUCGUGAACUUCAUAAAGGAAAACUUGCACCAAGAUAGUGGUGCUGAUAGCUAGGUAUGCUCGCCCCAAGGUAUGGAUCUUUCCAUAGAUCUG